AUGGACUUAGAAUAAGCUUUAUAAAAUCCCAUUUUUACUUUCUCUUCUUCAAUAAUAAAUUCACUUAAAGGCGGUGCUGAGCUAUUUUAAUGCCAAAAAGAUGUUAUUGUUGUAGAUAUAGGGGGAACUUCAACUGAUAUUUCUGUCAUGAAUAAUGGAAUGCCCCUAACAGCGAAUAAAUAUACAUAAUUAAAUGGAAUAUAAUUAAAUUUUAGGGCUCCUUUAGUCCAUACAUUAGCUUUAGGAGGAGGAUCUAUAGUAGAAAUUGAAAGAAAUAGCAAUGGGGUUCCUGAAUUAAAAAUAAAAAAUGAGUCAAUCGCAUUUAGACUAACUGAUGACGCAGUUUGCUUUUCCAAAAAAAACAAAAUUUUAUGCAAUACAGAUUUUGCUUUAUAUUAAAAUAAAAACUUUCAUAUAGCUGGAGCAGAAAAAGAGAACUUUUUUGAAUAUUUAAAAGAACUAGGAUUCGAAAAUGAAAUAGAGUAUAUUUUAAAAGAACACAAACGAAUAAUUACACAAAAACUUUUUUCAGAAAUCGAAACAUUAAUUAACUAAAACAAACAAACUCAAUUAAUUCUCGUAGGAGGAGGUUCAUGUUUAGUAGAUACGUAAUUUUUACAAAAAGAAAGCAAUAAUAUUUUAAAUAUAGUUGAUAUUCCAUCUAAAAAUGCUAAUUUUUAAGCCGUCGCGAACGCAUACGGAGCCAGCCUGGCUGAUAUUACAGAAGUUAUAGAAAAAGAUAUAUAUAUAUUACCAGAUGGACCUACAGAAUUCGAAUUAGUAGAAUAAUUAUAAUAAUAAUUAAUCAAAAAGAUACAGGAAAAAGGUUCUUCUUAAAACCCAGAAAUUGUAGAAAUUAUUGUUUCAAAAAAAGCUUAUACAAAUUAAAUUAAUACAAAAAGUGUCUAUAUAAAAGCCAAAGGAAGAUUCGAUUGGAUUUUUAAAAAUACUCCUAAAUAACCUGUUCUUAAUUCUAUUUAAAAGAUACCACCAGAAAAUAUUACCCAAAAUCCAAUUAGUAUUCAAAAAAUAAACAUUCUUUUCAAAACUCCUACUUUACCUCCUUAUUAAAAUCAAGCACAUGGAUAUUUAAAUUCAGUACUAACCCUUUCCAAUGAAUAAGAUUUUGAAUACUUAGCCUGGGGAUGUGCAGUUUUAGGUUCUGGAGGAGGUGGCUCAAUUGAAAAAUCUUUAUUAUAAUGCAAACUUUUAUUUAACUAGUAAAAUAAUAUUCCUUUUAAUAUAUAUGACCCUCUUUCAAUGAAUGAUACUGAUAUGGUUUGCACUGUAGGCCAUUUCGGGGCUCCUUCAGUUUCUUUAGAAUAUUGCAAUAGUAUACAAGAGCUAUAUGGAGUAUACUAGUGUCUGAAUAAAUACACGGGUGAAAAAAUAAAUGGUAUUGCCUGUAGUGAAUUAGGCGGUUGUAAUGGAGUUUCAUGCUUAGUUUUGAGUUUGGCAACAGGAAUUCCCUUAUUUGAUUGCAAUAUAAUGUGUAGAGCUUUUCCUGAAUAUAAAAUGACUUUGCCUUCUAUAAAUGGAGUUAGUGCUUUGCCUAUAUGCUUGGGAGACUCGAAAUAGAAUAGAUUUUUGAUUGAUAAUUUAUAUGAAAAAGGGGAAAAAGAAUAUGAAAAAUUAGAAUAAAUAAUGAGAAAAUGGGUACUUGAGGAUUUCGGCCUAGCUGGAAAUUUGGCUUCUUAUCCUUCAAAUAAACAAUUCAUUAAAGAAAAUUAUUUUUUUAAAGGAUAUUAGUUAUGUUUUUAGAUAGGAAAAGUACUACAUGAAAAUAUUAAUAUGAAUAGUGGUUAAUAUGAGUAAGAAUAAAUACCAUGUGUUAUGACCCCGGAUAUUAUUACUAUAGUAGAUGAUUUUAAAGGGUAGGUUAUACAUAGUGAAGAUGUUUGUUAUGGAUAGAAAGUUAUUGCUUUUGCAAUAAGAACGGAUGAUAAAUUUAAAACUAAAGAUGCCUUAAGGUUAGUAGGGCCUUAGGCAAUGGGUUUAGGAGUUGAUUUUUAAUAUAAAUCUUUUUAUGAAUGA